UGAAGACUCUGCCCAGCCAGACUCGCGGAGCAGUCAUGCCGUGGUCUCCGCGUCGCGCCCCCGGGCUGCUGCUGCUGCUGCUGCAGGCGCUGGUGGCGCUGGCCCCGGUAGCCUCGGCCAGGCUGCAACCCGCGCUCUGGCCCUUCCCGCGCUCGGUGCAGAUGUUCCCGCGGCUGCUAUACAUCUCCGCGGAGAACUUCCACAUCGACCACAGCCCCAAUUCCACCGCGGGCCCCUCCUGCUCGCUGCUGCAGGAAGCGUUUCGGCGGUAUUACAACUAUGUUUUUGGUUUCUACAAGAGACAUCCUGGUCCUGCUAAAUUUCAAGAUCAACCACAGUUACAGAAACUUCUGGUCUCCAUUAACCUCCAAUCAGAGUGCAAUUCCUUCCCUAGUUUGUCAUCAGAUGAAUCCUAUUCUCUGCUUGUACAAGAACCAGUAGCUCUCCUUAAGGCCAACAGAGUUUGGGGAGCAUUACGAGGUUUAGAGACGUUUAGCCAGCUAGUUUACCAAGACUCUUACGGGGCUUUCACCAUCAACGAAUCCAGUAUUGCUGAUUCUCCAAGAUUCCCUCAUAGAGGAAUUUUAAUUGAUACAUCCAGACACUACUUGCCGGUGAAGAUAAUUUUAAAAACUCUGGAUGCCAUGGCUUUUAAUAAGUUUAAUGUUCUUCACUGGCACAUAGUGGACGACCAGUCUUUCCCUUAUCAGAGUACCACUUUUCCCGAGCUAAGCAAUAAGGGAAGCUAUUCUUUGUCUCAUGUCUAUUCACCAAACGAUGUCCGUACAGUACUUGAGUAUGCCCGGUUCCGAGGGAUUCGAGUCAUACCAGAAUUUGAUACCCCUGGCCAUACACAGUCUUGGGGCAAAGGACAGAAAAACCUUCUAACUCCAUGUUACAAUCAAAAAAUUAGAAGUCAAACGUUUGGGCCUGUAGACCCAAGUGUAAACACAACGUACGCAUUCUUUGACACAUUUUUCAAAGAAAUCAGCAGUGUGUUUCCAGAUCAGUUCAUCCACUUGGGGGGAGAUGAAGUGGAGUUUCAAUGUUGGGCAUCAAAUCCAAACAUCCAAAAUUUCAUGAAGAAAAAGGGCUUUGGCAACGACUUUAGAAGACUAGAAUCCUUUUAUAUUAAAAAGAUUUUGGAUAUUAUUACAUCCUUAAAGAAGAACUCCAUUGUUUGGCAAGAAGUUUUUGAUGAUAAGGUAGAGCUUCAGCCGGGCACAGUAGUUGAAGUGUGGAAGAGUGAGCAUUACUUAAAUGAGCUAGCACAAGUCACAGAGUCCGGCUUCCCUGCUAUCCUUUCUGCUCCUUGGUACUUAGACCUGAUCAGCUACGGGCAAGACUGGAGGAACUACUACAAAGCUGAGCCCCUUAACUUUAUAGGCUCUGAGCAACAGAAACAACUUGUUAUUGGUGGAGAGGCUUGCCUAUGGGGAGAAUAUGUGGAUGCAACUAACCUUAUUCCAAGAUUAUGGCCUCGGGCAAGCGCUGUUGGUGAGAGACUCUGGAGCCCUAAAACUAUCACUGACCUAGAAAAUGCUUACAGCCGACUGGCAGUGCACCGCUGCAGAAUGGUCAGCCGUGGAAUAGCUGCGCAACCUCUCUUUACUGGAUACUGUAACUAUGAGAAUAAAAUGGAAAAGUGACAGUCUACAGCAUUCCAGCUAUAAUCAUGUUGAUUCUCAAAUUAUAUAAAUUAAGAUAUUAGACUGUUUUUUAAAUAAACCAUCUUUUUAUUGAUUGAAUCUUUCUAUACCUGAAUCAAACACUGAAUACUAACAUCUUUUAUGUGAGCAGCUUAAAAAAAUAAAGGAAAAGCUUUGCACUAGCACUCAGUACU